UGCGCCGUCAGCCUCUGCGAGCAAAACCACCACCACCACAUAUUCAAGCGCUUACACUCCUAUCGAGUUGCUUCCGCCAGACUUCCUGCCCCCUAUGACUGUAUAUGUGGGCCAAUAAUGGUAACGCGCGUUGCUACAGCCAGUACCUGUGUUCAUUGCCUCGUGGUCUCCAAUGACAACCACGCAGACCGCUGGUGUAGCGCUUCCAUCCUUCGACAAGCUCAAGAUGGAAGAGCGCAAGCGGUCAUUAUUGCCCGAUGGCGAUGAUGGCGCGCCGAGGGCGAAACGUCUCGUGAAGGAUGAGAAUGGCCAGGCCAUGCGGAUGGACAAUGAGAAGGAGAAGGAGAUAGAGAGCUUUCAGAAGGAUGCUAUCUUGCGGCAGCUGAAAGAGUACAAGCGGCAAAAGAGGGACCUUGACGAGCAGCUUUCUGAGAUGACCAAGAAGUGCCGCUAUCAUGACGACCAUCUACGCGCCGUUGACGGCUUCUUCGCGCAACUACUCGACGAAAUCCGUGUGCUUGCCAGCACGUCCCUACCAACUCCGCCACCUAGCGCCACAGCGCCCACGGGCGAAGAAAUGUACGGCUCGGCGUUGCUUUUCGAGAACAGCCAUGUCUUCAGCGAGCACCUGCAAGCACGGUCGCAAAGUAUAAGAAGCGCAAUAGCGGACCUCUUUGGCAGGCUCCCCUCCGCAACACCAGAUGUAGAGUCGUUGCGGGCGCAGUUAAACGAACUUUUGGCGAAAGAGAAAGAGCAUGCCGUUCAGCUUCGGAAAGCUUUAGAUGACCAAGAGUCACUGACGCAACGAUGGGAGGCGGCAGUGGAGCGCUACAUGAUGGCAGAGAAGAAGCUGGAUCGCGCCAAGAGUCAGCAAGUGCUCAAGCUUGAGCGACAAGCCAUAAUGGGCGGCAACGCGGAUGUAACAUCGCCGACGACGAGCAAGGCUUCGGGCACGCCUGUGAAGAAGGAGCACUCCGCGGUCAACGGUGAGCUCGAGAACGGCCUCCUGAGCGCGGAGGCAGAGGCUGCGCGCAAGGAGGCGCUUGCCGUGGCCGAGCGGCAGAAAGCUCAGGUGGAAGAGGUCGAGGCGGAGAACGAGCGCCUGACCAACGAGCUCAGUGCGGCGCGAACUAAGCUUGCAAGUCUGUCUGAUGAUGACUAUGCCGAGACAUCCAUCUUCAAGACCUUCAAGUCCCAAUACGAGGACGUGGUAAGGCGCGUCAACGAUCUUGAAGCCACCAACGUGCAACUGCGUGAAGAAGCGCAGAAGCUGCAGAGUGAGCGAACGUCGUAUCGCAGACAGAUUGAUGAUGAGAACCGGGAGCAUAGCAACGACAGCGAGGCGCAGAUUGCGCGGGCCGAGACUGACUUGGCGCGAAUACGGCAAGCUCGGGAUGAUGUGACCGCUGAAGUUGAAGUUCGACGGCGGGCGGAAGAAAGUCGGCGAUCCGCGAAUGAUCUAGUCAAGGAGCUGGCGGAAGCCAAAGACAUGAAGAUUGCAGCACUGGAAGCGGAGAUCGCGAGGCUGAAGACCCAGGUCGAAGACUCCGUAGGUGCUGACCAGGACAUAGCUGGUGUCGAUAACACGGACCUUGAGAGCCUCGAUAAUGAGGCUUUAAAGUUAAGGUUACGCACGCUGGAGGGUCAGCAUGCUUUACUUAGCAACGAGCUCUCCUCCAUGGAGGCCGCCUGGCGCAAGACUUCCGCCCUUGCCACGCAGAAGGUAGCCGAGACCGCAAACCAGGAGGAGCUCGUGGCGCGAUUGAACGCGGAGAAGGCAAAGGCGGAUCAGAAGUACUUCGCCGCGAUGAAAUCAAAUGACAUGAAGCAAGGCGAAUUGCGGAGCCUCAAGAUGCAGAACGCAAAGUCGAGCGAGAUUGUCACGCAGCUGAAGGAAAGCGAAGGCAAGGCGCGAGAACUGGUGUCGAAUUUGGAGCGCCAGAUUGCCGAGAGUAAGGACGCUUUGGCGAAGCUUGAGCAGCAGCACAGGACACUGGAGCAGAAGAAUAAAGAGAGCGCCAUGGGUCUGGAGGGAUCCCGGAAGCAGAUCGGCGAAUUCAAGACCCUUAUCUCUGCCAAGGAUAAGGAGAUUCUAGCCGCUGGAAAAGCGAAGCGCGACGCGGAAGCUGAGCUGGAGAGGACCCAGACGCGGCUCGAAGAUUCGCGGAAGCAGGUGGAGUCGCUGCGGAAGACGAGAGCGGCUGAGAAUAGCGCGACGAGCGAUGAGUGGAGGAAAGUCGCCAUCUGUCCGGUCUGCAACACAAACUUGCGGAAUACAACUCUCAAGCUUUGCGGCCAUGUUUUCUGCGGGGAGUGCGUGCAGCGACUUAUUGCGAACCGCAAUCGGAAGUGUCCCUCUUGUGCGCGGGCUUUUGGAAAUGGAGAUUUUAUGGGGAUCGUCUUGACCUGAUUGGCCUGGGUUAUGUUUGAUCAAUUGGAGAGCGUCGCCGGUCUCGGUUGGCCCGUCAAAGAUGCCACCGGACGGCCAGUGCCCUUUUGAUAUCUGUCGUGGAGAAUCGGCAGAUGUCGCUCCAAGUAAAGGACAAUUUUCGUCUGGCACUUGCAGCGUGCCCUCAAUAGUGGGUGCGGGCUUGCCGCUCGGAUUGGCGGUUUAGGGAGCCUAAGGUGCGGGUGAAGAUCGUGGACGGCGAGGUUGGGAGGUUUAUCUUGCUGAGGCUAGGUUCAAAGCCACAGUUGAUGGGUACGGGACAGGAGAGGGACCACCGAGCGAAGUACUGUGAUCACCGCUUGUCUUAGUUAGGAAGUGUACAUCGCUCUGUACGAGUACUCGCGAGGCCUGCCAUAGCGUGUGUCGCCUGCAGAUGCUUAUUGGCGCAGCC